AAGCUAGCAAGUUUGACGUUUUGUAACCUACAAAACUAUUUUCAUUUGAAUUCUCUACCCGCGCAGACAUGUACUAUGCGGUAAUAUACUCGUAAAUAUUAUCGGCGUUUAGAAAACUGUGCAAUUACAUCGUAAUACAAGUUUUUAGUGCCAUUUUAAGUGAUAAAAGUGCUUGUCCGUGCAUCCGGCGUACCGCAUCAACUUUUUUUUAAUCCAUCACAAUGUCGCGCGACAGAUCAUCGAAGAGGUUCUACAGGGCCGAAUCCACACAUGAUUUGCUCUCCUACAUGGACAAGGGUCAGGCCGCCAGCGAUGAAAACAGAUGGACCUUCGAGACCGCCUGGGAGGUGGCUAACAAAGUUGGAGGCAUAUACACUGUCAUCAGAUCAAAGGCCUAUGUGUCCACUGAGGAAAUGGGAGAAAACUACUGUUUGUUAGGCCCCUACAAAGAGCAGUGCGCUCGUACGGAAGUGGAGGAGGCAGACUUUCCUCCAAACUCGCCUCUGACUACCGCUGUCAACGCUAUGAGGGCGCAGGGAUACAAGCUACACACAGGCACUUGGCUAGUUGACGGCAACCCUCAGAUCAUCCUGUUCGACAUUGGUUCCGGCGCGUGGCAGCUGGACAGCUACAAGCAGGAGUUGUGGAGUACCUGUUCCAUCGGCAUACCGCACCUAGAUGUGGAAGCCAACGAUGCUGUCAUACUGGGGUUCAUGGUCGCUCAGCUGAUCGCAGAGUUCCGCAAAGCAGCUGAGAGCUACAGCGACACACCGCCGCGCGUCGUCGCUCACUUCCACGAAUGGCAAGCCGGUAUCGGUCUCAUCAUGUUAAGAACCCGUCACAUAGAUGUCGCUACCGUCUUCACAACGCACGCAACACUACUUGGAAGAUACCUCUGCGCUGGCAACACUGACUUCUACAAUAAUUUGGAUAAGUUUUCGGUGGACGAGGAGGCUGGCAAGCGUCAGAUCUACCACCGCUACUGCAUGGAGCGUGCCGCUGCGCAUAUGACGCAUAUAUUCACCACUGUGUCCGAUAUCACAGGAUAUGAAGCUGAGCAUCUUCUGAAGCGUAAAGCUGACAUCAUCACUCCUAACGGCUUGAACGUUAAGAAGUUUUCCGCCCUACACGAGUUUCAGAACUUGCACGCCCUCGCCAAGGAUAAGAUCAACGAGUUCGCCCGCGGACACUUCUAUGGACAUUUCAACUUCGAUUUGGACAAGACCCUGUACUUCUUUAUCGCGGGCCGAUAUGAGUUCGGUAACAAAGGCGCAGACAUCUUUAUCGAAGCACUCGCAAGAUUAAACCAUUAUUUAAAGUCCUCAGGAUCGGACAUGACUGUCGUAGCCUUCAUGAUAUUCCCCGCGAAAACAAAUAACUUCAACGUGGAGAGUCUCCGCGGUCACGCCGUCACCAAGGCCCUGAGGGACACCAUCAGCGAUAUACAGCAGAAGAUAGGGAAACGGAUGUAUGACAUCUGUUUGAGCGGCCACCUCCCGGACGCAUCGGACUUGCUUCUGAAGGACGACACGGUUCGUCUUAAAAGAUGUAUCUACAGCUUGCAGAGAGAUGGUCUCCCGCCAAUCACUACGCACAAUGUGGUGGAUGACUGGAGCGACCCUGUGCUGAACAGCAUCAGGAGAUGCCAACUCUUCAACACCGUUAAUGAUAAAGUCAAGGUAAUAUUCCACCCGGAAUUCUUAACAUCAACGAACCCACUCUUCGGCCUGGACUACGAGGAGUUUGUCCGGGGCUGUCACCUCGGCGUGUUCCCGUCUUACUACGAGCCCUGGGGCUACACCCCCGCCGAGUGCACCGUUAUGGGGAUACCAAGUAUCACCACCAAUCUAUCCGGUUUCGGCUGCUUCAUGCAAGACCACAUAGCGGAUCCCAUGUCAUACGGUAUAUACGUAGUGGACAGACGCUAUAUCUCUCUAGAGGGUUCCGUACAACAAUUAGCCCAGUACAUGUAUGAUUUUACCAAAUUGACGCGGCGACAGCGUAUUAUUCAGAGAAACAGGACGGAACGACUGUCUGAUCUUCUAGAUUGGAGGAAUCUUGGAAUUUACUACCGCCAAGCUCGCGCCGAAGCUCUCAAGAUCGUGUACCCUGACUAUGUGGACCACAUGGACCAAGAGCUUGGGAAGAGGUUCAACUACCCCCGCCCUAUCUCCGAGCCGCCCAGCCCUACGCAUUCCAGAGGUACAACACCAGCGGCGUCAGUCCACGGCUCUGAUGAUGAAGAUGAAGUGGACGAAGAGAAAGAACUGGCCGAACUUAGGAUAAGCGAUAAAUAAAUACAUAUAUUUAAACAUAAACAGCAAAGAAACAGUCAUCAUCAUCCUAGCCUUCUCCCAACUAUGU